AUGAGCACCAUGCACCUGCUGACAUUCGCCCUGCUUUUUUCCUGCUCCUUCGCCCGCGCCGCCUGCGACCCCAAGAUCGUCAACAUCGGCGCGGUGCUGAGCACGCGCAAGCACGAGCAGAUGUUCCGCGAGGCCGUGAACCAGGCCAAUAAGCGACAUGGCUCUUGGAAGAUACAGCUCAACGCCACCUCUGUCACCCACAAGCCCAACGCCAUACAGAUGGCCCUGUCAGUGUGUGAGGACCUCAUCUCCAGCCAGGUCUACGCAAUCCUAGUUAGCCACCCACCUACCCCCAACGACCACUUCACCCCCACUCCCGUCUCCUACACAGCUGGCUUCUACAGAAUCCCCGUUCUGGGAUUGACGACCCGAAUGUCCAUCUACUCUGACAAGAGCAUCCACCUGAGCUUCCUACGGACGGUGCCGCCCUACUCCCACCAGUCCAGCGUCUGGUUUGAGAUGAUGCGCGUCUACAACUGGAACCACAUCAUCCUGCUGGUCAGCGACGACCACGAGGGCCGGGCGGCGCAGAAGCGCCUGGAGACAUUGCUGGAGGAGCGCGAGUCCAAGAGUAAAAAAAGGAACUAUGAAAACCUCGACCAACUGUCCUAUGACAACAAGCGCGGACCCAAGGCCGAGAAGGUGCUGCAGUUCGACCCAGGAACCAAGAACGUGACGGCUCUGCUGAUGGAGGCCCGGGAACUGGAAGCCAGGGUCAUCAUCCUAUCUGCGAGCGAGGACGACGCUGCCACCGUGUACCGCGCAGCCGCGAUGCUGAACAUGACGGGCUCUGGGUACGUGUGGCUGGUGGGGGAGCGCGAGAUCUCGGGGAACGCCCUGCGUUACGCCCCAGACGGCAUCAUCGGACUGCAGCUCAUCAACGGCAAGAACGAGUCGGCCCACAUCAGCGACGCCGUGGGCGUGGUAGCGCAGGCAGUCCACGAGCUGCUAGAGAAGGAGAACAUCACCGACCCGCCGCGGGGUUGCGUGGGAAACACCAACAUCUGGAAGACAGGACCACUGUUCAAGAGGGUACUGAUGUCUUCCAAGUAUGCUGAUGGAGUGACUGGCCGUGUGGAAUUCAAUGAGGAUGGGGACCGGAAGUUUGCCAACUAUAGCAUCAUGAACCUGCAGAACCGAAAGCUGGUGCAAGUGGGCAUCUACAAUGGCACCCAUGUCAUCCCAAACGACCGGAAGAUCAUCUGGCCUGGGGGAGAGACAGAGAAGCCUCGAGGGUACCAGAUGUCCACGAGAUUAAAGAUAGUGACAAUCCACCAAGAGCCCUUUGUGUACGUCAAACCCACACUGAGUGAUGGGACAUGCAAGGAGGAAUUCACGGUUAACGGUGACCCAGUCAAGAAGGUGAUCUGCACAGGGCCUAACGACACAUCGCCAGGCAGCCCACGCCACACGGUGCCUCAGUGCUGCUAUGGCUUCUGCAUUGACCUGCUCAUCAAGUUGGCACGGACCAUGAACUUUACCUACGAGGUCCACCUGGUGGCAGAUGGCAAGUUUGGCACACAGGAGCGGGUAAACAACAGCAACAAAAAGGAGUGGAAUGGGAUGAUGGGAGAGCUGCUCAGUGGUCAAGCAGACAUGAUUGUGGCACCUCUGACCAUCAACAAUGAGCGUGCACAGUACAUAGAGUUCUCCAAGCCCUUCAAGUACCAGGGCCUGACCAUUCUGGUCAAGAAGGAGAUUCCCCGGAGCACGCUGGACUCGUUCAUGCAGCCCUUCCAGAGCACGCUGUGGUUGCUAGUGGGGCUGUCGGUGCACGUGGUGGCUGUAAUGCUCUAUCUGCUGGACCGCUUCAGUCCGUUUGGCCGGUUCAAGGUGAACAGUGAGGAGGAAGAGGAGGACGCGCUGACCCUGUCCUCUGCCAUGUGGUUCUCCUGGGGUGUCUUGCUCAACUCUGGCAUCGGGGAAGGUGCUCCCCGGAGCUUCUCUGCACGGAUCCUAGGCAUGGUGUGGGCUGGUUUUGCCAUGAUCAUCGUGGCUUCCUAUACUGCCAACCUGGCAGCCUUCCUGGUGCUGGAUCGGCCUGAGGAGCGUAUCACAGGCAUCAAUGACCCCAGGCUCAGAAACCCCUCGGACAAGUUCAUCUAUGCGACUGUGAAGCAGAGUUCUGUGGACAUCUACUUCCGGAGGCAGGUGGAGCUGAGCACCAUGUAUCGGCACAUGGAGAAACACAACUACGAGAGCGCAGCCGAGGCCAUCCAGGCUGUGCGGGACAACAAGCUCCAUGCCUUCAUCUGGGACUCAGCGGUGCUGGAGUUCGAGGCGUCACAGAAGUGUGACCUGGUGACAACGGGUGAGCUGUUCUUCCGCUCGGGCUUCGGCAUCGGCAUGCGCAAGGACAGCCCCUGGAAGCAGAAUGUUUCCCUGUCCAUACUCAAGUCCCAUGAGAAUGGCUUCAUGGAAGAUCUGGAUAAGACAUGGGUUCGGUAUCAGGAAUGUGACUCCCGCAGCAAUGCUCCUGCGACUCUCACUUUUGAGAACAUGGCAGGGGUCUUUAUGCUGGUGGCUGGAGGCAUCGUGGCUGGGAUCUUCCUGAUUUUCAUCGAGAUCGCCUACAAAAGACACAAGGAUGCCCGUAGGAAGCAGAUGCAGCUGGCUUUUGCAGCAGUGAACGUGUGGAGGAAGAACCUGCAGGAUAGAAAGAGUGGUAGAGCAGAGCCCGACCCUAAAAAGAAAGCCACAUUUAGGGCUAUCACCUCCACCCUGGCCUCCAGCUUCAAGAGACGUAGGUCCUCCAAAGACACGAGCACCGGGGGUGGACGCGGCGCUUUGCAAAACCAAAAAGACACAGUGCUGCCGCGACGCGCUAUUGAGAGGGAGGAGGGCCAGCUGCAGCUGUGUUCCCGUCAUAGGGAGAGCUGA